CUCUGCGCGUGUGCACAUAUCGCUCUCAUGCCCACUUUCCCCGUGUGCCGCGAUGGCCCAGGCUUGCUGCGCCAGCUUCAUGGCGAUUGCCUCCGGUUGCUGGCAGCGCACGCCGAUUGCCACUUCACCGGGCUCGAGCAAGCUGCUCGACAGCACCUUCAAGUGCGCAUGUUUUCGCUUCAGAUGUGCAGGAACCGUUGCGGGGUGGACAUGGCAUUGAACGUCCUGCGUCGCCUCGCCAGUCCCAGCUGCAAGGCGCUGUUGCAGGACAUUCAGUUCGCCCUCGAACACAAUGGCGGCGGGAAGGAUGCUCCUGAGGAGAUUGUCUCGGC